AUAUAUUCCAACCCAGCCUUGUCUGUACUUUUUAGAAUCCCACUUUCCCCAUUCUCCUUUCCUAAACACCAUCACGUGAUGGAAGUCUCUAACGUCUUAGAGACCAUAUUUGGUAGCCAAGCUAACGGCACCACUUCCUGGCAACCGGAGCCGACAACUCGCGGAACAUUUAGCAUCCUUUCUACAUGCCUUGUGACACUGUCGUUGUGUGUCUGGACUGCAGUGCACCUAAACAUCCCGGCAUAUGGUCAAGUAGACCGACAAAAAUGGCGUAAAUUACGUUGGUUGACUUUCACAUUGUUCGCGCCAGAAUUGGUGAUAUUGACGGCAUACCAUCAGCGCAAGUCUGCGAAAAAAGCUCUCGAAAUAGGUAUAAAGACUUUCGGACAGGAGCCUCACGACUCAUUUCCACUCAAGGUCCUUCGGUAUUUUCGAAAAGUUGUUCCGCCUCCCCAAAAUGACGUUGAAGUGGAGUUAACUCAGAGCACGGAAUUUACUCGAGAUUCGGAAAUUACUAUAAGAAGCAUAAUAAAUGCACGCCACCCUUGGACAAUGGUUCACGGUCACUACGUGGCCAUGGGCGGACUCGCAGUCGAAUUUCACCUCGGUUCAGCUCAGACUCGACGUAUUGUACUCACUGUGGACGCAUUCAAAGCCGUACUCGACAAAUACCCUUCCUCUAUGCUGGAAUUAUCGGAAUCACAUAUCAAAGAUAAGAGCAAAGCAAAUACAUUGGCUAAAACUCUGGUAUGCAUACAAGCCCUUUGGUUCUGCAUCCAGUGUUUCUCUAGGAUGGGACAACGCUUAUCAAUCUCACUCCUGGAACUGAAUACUCUCGGACACGCCAUAUGUGCACUCCUUAUGUAUCUGUUAUGGUGGGACAAGCCAUUGGACGUCGGAGAACCAACUCUGCUUCAAGAACAAGGUGUCAAAGAGCUUGUCGCUCUAUUUAGCUUAAGCAAUAAAUCCAAGAAGGGCUGGGACAUUGGGCACAAGGACAGCUACACCGGAGUAGAGACAAAAUCUCCUGUCGUUUACUUCACCGAGGCUUCUGGCAAUAUCGACUCAUACAUAACACCUCCUUUCGAUUUCGAUUUUGAGGCGCCAAACGAACACAAAACAUACAAGCUUUACAUGGGUUUUAGCUUAUAUGGAUUUUGCUUUAAUCGUCCAUCUGAGUGGCCUAAAUCAUCUCCACGGGACCGCAUCUUCCUUGACAGGCCCUAUAUAACCCUGGAUACUAUGGACUUGAUUUGUUGGAAGAUGGCUGCGGAGGCGGUUCGCCGCCAUUAUCCACAAGACCCUUCCCGUCCUACAUUGCGCUCAUCAUGGAGAUUGUCCCAACAGUUCGAAAAAGUAGUGGAAUGGGUUCCAGAUUCUAUUAGUGAAACACUUGAUUCGAUUGAGUCGAGUUAUAGUCUGGCUUUCUCUGGAAUUAUUUAUGGAGGGCUUCACCUUUUGGCAUGGAAUGCACCAUUCCUAACUUUCGCGGAGAAAUUCCUCUGGCGCUUCAGUAGCCUAGCAGUGGCUUCCGCAGUGGUUUUCUUGGGCCUUUUCCACUUUGUUCGUCUUUACGCUUCUAUGAAGGUGGGGGUACCCACUAAGAAUAUGUUCAACAACUUGUUCGACAAGUCACACAAUGUAAUUUAUACCUCAGCUAACUUGUCAUUCCAUUUCCUAGCAUAUUUUUUCCCUCUAAUUUAUGUGUUUUCAAGAAUUUACCUAGUUGUUGAAUGUUUUCUUCAAUUCCGGCAUCUUCCAGAUUCUGUCUUUCUCGUACCGACUUGGUCUCAAUAUGUUCCGCACAUCUCCUAACGUACCUUUUAUCUCUCUUUCUUUGGAAACACCAGUUCAGAUCUCUCAUUCAAUCUCCACCACUACAGUUAUUAUCGAUCAAAAAGGGGAAUCUUCAGCCACUUCCAAAGCAGAACGGACGACAGGAUUUUGACAGACGGAACACCAGCUGAUUCAACAUCAGCCAGACAAGCAACGGGUACAAUAGCAUAUAUAGCAUGUGGC